AUGCCAUCCCUCACUUCCCCGGCCACAUGGGGCCUCCUAGCAGCCCUCAUCGGCCUAACCAGCAUCCUCCUCACCGUUAUCCCCCUUCCACCCACUCUCCUCGCCUUCCUGCCCUUCACCAUCCCCCCUUCUAUUACUCUCACCAUCCCCUUCCUAUCCCCAGUACUAUCCCAACAGCCCAUCCACCCCCUAACCGCCCUCCUCUCAACCAACGCCCAACUCCAUCUCCCCACGCACCCUUCCUACCCGCACUCCACGCACCGUUGGUCUGCCUCACCUCGCCAAUCUCCCGCUCUGCCGUCUUUGGUGGUGCUGCCAGCUACGGAACAGGAUAUUGUUGCGACGAUUCAGUACGCGAAUGAGAAUGAGAUUCCGUUUCUAGCUACGUCCGGUGGACAUGGGACGACGACGUAUUUAUCCCAGUUUGGCAGCGCCGGGGAUGGGAAGAAGGGCGAAGCGCCCGGUGGGAUCUUGAUCAACCUGCGCCAACUCAACUCUGUCGCGCUAUCCGCCGACGGAGCCACGGCUACCGUAGGCGGUGGAAUCCUCGCGCACGAGCUGAUCACCGCGCUGUGGGCCGACAACAAGCAGACAACAACGGGGAUCUGCAGUUGUGUUUCGUUUGCGGGACCGGCGCUGGGUGGUGGGCAUGGGCUGUUGCAGGGGCAGUAUGGGUUGGCGGCGGAUCAGAUUGUGGGGAUGAGGGUUGUGUUGGGGAACGGGGAGGUUGUUGAUUUGGAGGAUCCUGCGCUUGCCAAAGGUGACGGGAAGUCGGAGCAUGAGGAUUUGUGGUGGGCGAUGAGGGGGGCUGGACAUAAUUUUGGGGUGGUGAGUGAGUUUCGGUUGAAGGUGCAUGAGGUCGCGGAGGAUAGGAAGAUGUGGGCGUAUGAGGUGUUUGUGUUUCCGGGAGAGCGGCUGGAGGAGGUGUUUGGUGUUUUGAAGGCGUUGAUGGAGGAGCAGCCGAAGUGGGUGACACACUGGACGAUGUGGGGGGAUGACCCUGAGAAUCCUACGGGGAAGCCCAGUAUCUCAACGAUCGUCUUCUACAACGGCCCCCUGGCCGAUUCCCAGGCCUACACGGCGCCUAUCCAGGCCUUGAACCCCGUCGGCUACGUCUCGGGAUCCGCGGCGUACCCCGACGUUAAUGCGGUUGUCGGAACCGCCAAGGACAGCCCAAUCUGCCAGGCCAAGGGCACCGUGGGCCUGCGUGCUGUCGACGUGGACGAUUACGAUCUUGCGGGCCUGCGUAAGGCGUUUGAUAUCUUGGAGGAGUCCAUUGCUUCGGACCCGGCGCUCGGCGCCUCGUUUGCUAUGUUGGAAGGGUACUCCGUCCAGGCGGUCCAGGCCGUGCCGGCGGAGAGCAGUGCAUUCCCGCAUCGCGAUGUGAGGCUCAUGCUGGCGCCCUUGACGUUCUACGAUGCCGUCGGCAACAACACCCUUGACGAAGCCGCCGCGAUCUGGACCAAGAAGAUGGCCAAGGCUCUUGACCCCGGGCCGAAGCCGAGGUCGUACGUGAAUUAUGGAUACGGCGACGAAUCGUUGGAGGCCGCAUACGGGUAUGAGCCGUGGCGGUUGGAGAAGUUGCGGGCGGUCAAGAAGAAGUACGACCCGGAGAACCGGUUCCGGUACUAUGCCCCGCUGGUGAGGUCUGGAGAUGAAUAA